ACUGAUCUUCUGUUUGCAGCAUCCCAAGAGCAGCCUCUGUUGUGUGAAAUACAAGAAAAAGGGCAAGACAGCGGCAGUGAAUCCAAGGAAGCAACUCGAAGAACUGGAAGGGUGGAAUCUCUUGGGGGGUGGCAGCCAGGAUAGGGUUACUUUUGAUUUGUGGAGUUCAUCCUUAGAGCAAAUGGCUGUUGUGUCAGUGUAAACAGCCUGUGCAGUACCUGCAUUGCUGAAGGGGGAAGGAGAAGAGGAGGAGGCGGCACAGACACUGGAGCAAAUGUUACCUCUUCCUAUGAAUGUUUCCUGCUGUUAGGUAGCCCCAGUCCUGCUGCUGCUCACCUCUUAACAUGCAUGUUGUAUGUUGAGCUCAUAUGGAGGAAGAACCAUCAAUGCCUCAGCAGACAAUAAACCGAUGGCAGGAUGGCUGCAUUGACCAUGAGGCACGUUAGAAACUAAGCAACACGUCAACAUCCACACCAAAAUAAAGGGAAAAAGUUUGAGAAAAUUUGCUUGAGAAACCGACCAUGGCUGUGAACACUGCCAAGACGGCGUCAAGUUUUCUCUCGACAACAACCGCCACGGACCCGUUGCUCUCAACGAGCCUCGGACCCAGAGAAAACAUCACCUCAAGAACAUUUAUGACUGUUACCCUAACAACGACAGCAGCAACAACAAACGAGAGCAGCUUCAACGCCACCGCGGCUGCAGACGUGGUGAUUGAGGGCUCCGGUGUUGGAAUGCUGCUGGUGCCCUUCGGCAUCAUCACCCUCAUUGGCUUAGCGGUGGCAAUAAUGCUGUACAUUCGGAAACGGAAGCGGUUAGAGAAGCUGAGACAUCAGCUCAUGCCCAUGUACAACUUUGACCCGGCUGAAGAACAGGACGACCUGCUGGAACAGGAACUACUGGAUCACGGACGGGACGGCAGCCUCGCAGGUCCAAACGCCAAGACUCUCACAACCUCCCAGGGGACGACGCAGCGACCCAGUCGUCUGGUCUUCACAGAUGUUGCCAAAGCCCUCAAUGCUUAACGGCCCCUCUGCCCUGCCUGGUCAGCCCCAGCCUGCAGGAGAGCUGCAGACCACAUACCCAGACACAGACUGUCACUAACGAGGGGAAAACAAAGGGAAGCUAGACUUAAGCUGGAGGUCUGAUAAAUGUUGUCUUCACAACGUGUCAAGUGGUUGUAUCAAAGAAAAAACUCUGAGAACAAUGCAAAGGGUCAGUAAUGAUCUUGCACUAUUAUUAUUAUUAUUCACUGGGGCACAAAUUAAGUGUGGCACCCUUGUUUUUUUAAAAACUAUGCUCCGUCAUUGUUGAAAUAUUUAAUAGCUCGUCAGUUUCUUGCAUCUAUGUUUCUGUUUCAUACGAGGAAAUUGUGAAUCUGUUCUAGUGAUUUUGUGGUCUUACGCCUCGUAUGCUGGAUGUGUCGCCAUCCUCAAUCUGUUUUCCUCCCUAUUUGUCUUCUUUACAGACUGUGGAUUAAUAUCAUUUCCAUCUGUACACAUUAAAAAUAAAAAUCCAGAGGAGAAAAAA